AUGCUGUCCAUACACGUUCAAGUCGUGGCCGAUUACCCCCCGGAGUACAUCGCUGCGACUUCGGCAAAGGCCAGUUGUGGUGAAGCCUCCUCCGACCACGUCGACGAUGCGCUCGAGGGUCCCGAUUACCUGGGUCAUGUCAACCAUGUCGAUGGUGAAGAAGAGAUCGACGACCAGGGAGUGGAAGACGAUCAUGGGUACAAAGGGCGGAAGCCUCCAAAGAUGCCCGACAAUGUCAACUACAUGGACUUGCAUGAGAAGAUGGUCCGGAUACGUGACAAGUACGAUAUGCAUGUCGAUUUUCUGGGAUCGGCUGCAUACUGUCGCGCACCCUGGACCAGUGCUUUGCAGGUUUUCAAGGCGAAGAAGAAGGUGGAUGUGCUCGCACGACGUCUAGACGAGCAGAUGACCGAACUGGAUCUCGAGGUUGCCAAGUUUAGCCAAUGUGUGUCGCAAAAUGUGUGGUAUGAUUGGUAUUCGGGUGUGGWUGACAUGACUGCGUACACGUUGGAAGACCUUUCGAUAGCCUUUGGGCCUUGCACGCUUGAGACUCCUUGGUUCGAUAUCUGGAAUUGUAGGCAUUUCGUCAGUCAUCUGCAAACCACCCUCCCAGCAACAGUCGAGCACAAUCGACCAGCAGACGAGAAAUCAUGCCACACGUACGCUCAAAAGCUCUUGCUCUUGUUAAAAGCCAUCUCCUCGACGACGGACUUCCAUCACACGAUGCAUUUCGCAAUCUUGCUCAAGACAACGAUGCUGCGACGGCCGACCCAACGUUGGACGUGUAUAGAUCAUCUCAGCCAUCAAAACCAUCUCACCCAUUGCAUCUGGACCUCGUUGMGACAAGGUCGCACAGAACCACAUAUCCAAUUCUGGGAUUUUUCCCGUGCUUGGCGUGAAUUAUGGGCCGACUGGCAGACCUGGKAUUUGUUCGAGCGAAUCCACGUCUGCGCACUCAAACACCGAGGUCUGUUAAUGCUCAUCUAUCAAUUGGCGGUGAAUGAGGCCCGCUUCCUCUGCCAAAUUGCCCUCCAGAAGAAACGGCUGCCGGUGGAGUUGUCGAUGCUGAUAUUGGAACAUACCAUGCUGGCUUCCGGUGUACCACUGAUCAGGCCGAACCUGCUAUGA